CCCACAGUGAAUCUCUGGUUGUAACCAUGGCAGCCAUAGUAACGGGCCUUAUUCCCAUCCUCCGGACAGCGGUGGAUGCCACCACCACAUACAAGUGCCGCUCCCUGUGGUUCGGGUUCCUGUGCAUCCGUGUGGUGAUCCUCUUCCUGGCUGAGCUGCCCUUCACCAAACUGGACGCAGACUUCACCUGCAACGGCACCAGGGACAGCAUCUGCAGCAAACUAUGCUUUAAUGAACACUUUAAUAAGCCGAUGAUGGUGGCCUGGAACUUCAUCUUCGUCCUGGUGGUUCUCUCCGUCCUGAUCAUGGAGCUGUUCACCUCCCACCUGCAAUCCCUGGCCCAGAAGAGGAACUCCCAGAUGAGGAGUGAUGUGAAUCUGGAGACUGGAGGCACAGAGGAGGCCCAGGUUGUGUCCACAGACACUCGUGGCAAGGCUUUUCUAGAUCUCCACAGAGACAGAGGCACUGUGAGCGUCUACCUGCUCAGCAUCGCUCUGCGGGUUCUGGCUGAAGCCUGGUUUGUGUACGUUCUUCUGUUUUGGAACCUGCCUGCACUGAAUAACAACCCAUAUAAGUGCCCCACACACAUCUGCAGAGAAUUCCAUGUUUGUGUUGUCAGGGCUGCACCAGAGAAACGCAUGUCCAUUUAUGCUUUGGCCUCCAUAUCAGGCAUGAUCAUUGUGUGUUCUCUCUUAUUUUGGAUUUACUCCAUUGCUCACUACUUGUGUAAUUUUCAUUAGUUAUAUUUAUUAGUGA